AUGAUCUCCCCGAUCGUCCAGAACGUCGAGGGACGCGUGCAGUACGGAGAAGCCUAUCAUGGCUACUGGGUCCAGGAUAUGUAUGCGCUAAACCCACACUUUGGGACACACCAGGACCUGCUAGACUUGAGCAAGGCUGUUCAUGACCGGGGCAUGUAUUUGAUGGUAGAUACUGUCAUCAACAACUUGGCGUACAUCACCAACGGACGAAGCCCGGCAACGAGCAUUGACUAUUCAACGCUCAGCCCAUUCAAUGACGCAAUGUUCUUUCAUCCAUAUUGCAAGAUCACAGACUAUAACAACUAUCCAUUGGCGCAGACUUGCUGGACAGGUGAUGAUGUUGUUCCCCUUCCAGAUCUAAAGACAGAGGACAGCCAAGUUCAGAGCAUGCUCAUGGACUGGAUUAGAAAAAUGAUGUCUACGUAUUCAAUCGAUGGUCUACGUCUGGAUGCAGCGAAGCAUGUUACACCAAGCUUCCUGCCCUUGUUCCAUAAUGCUUCUGGCGCUUUCAUCACUGGCGAAGUUUUCGAGCCAUCCGUGAAGACGAUCUGCGGAUAUCAAAAUGACCUCCCCAGCGUCCCGAAUUAUCCCAUCUAUUUUUCCAUCUUGGAGGCAUUUACGAAAGGCAACACAAGCUCUCUGACCAAUCAGGUAGAGGUCAUGAAACAGACAUGUUCUGAUGUUACGGCUCUAACUUCGUUCUCGGAAAACCACGACGUCGCUCGAUUUGCAAGCUUCAAGGAUGACAUCGCGCUCGCGAAGAACGUUCUAACAUUCACGAUGCUUUUCGACGGCAUACCGAUGAUUUACCAAGGGCAAGAACAACAUUUCUCAGGCGCCAACGACCCGGAGAACCGCGAAGCCUUAUGGCUGUCUGGUUACGACACCAACGCUCCGCUUUACCAACUAGCCGCGAAACUGAACAGAAUCCGCAAGCAUGCAGCCCAGAUCGAUCCAGCGUAUGUAGACUCGCAGACCUUCCCCAUCUACACAGGGUCUAGCGAGAUGGGCUUCCGCAAAGGCGUCGAGGGCCGGCAACUCGUGAUGGUCUUGUCAACUCAAGGCACGAACAGCGGCAAAUAUGAGCUGGACAUGCCAAUAGGCUACCAACCUGGAUUUGUGGUCAUGGAUGUGCUCAAUUGCGCCAACUACUCGGUUAAUGACAUGGGUCUUCUCAAGGUCAGCAUGGAUAAGGGCGAGCCUCGGGUCCUUUUUCCCGCCGACAUGAUGGAAGGAAGUGAACACGAUGCAAUCCUCGGGUGGCAGGCUCCUGAACCGGCCUACCUUGAGCCUACUGUUAAUCGGUUGUAUGAUUUCAUGUUUGAUAUUAUGGUUUUGACCUUUUAG